CCUCCACCCACCUUGCUUUCAUUUCUGCUUCACCUUUAGGAAAGCGCUUACUUUGCAUGUUAUAGAGUGAGGCACACAGCGCCACUGCUGAAAUUGGUCCUUGUCCCACGCUUAACAGUACAGGUGGACGGAAGGGGCCGCCUGCCAAAUACUUCUGGUUGGAGGGAGGGGUGGGAGUGCUUUCUCAAAACCACUCCUGGAAUGGCUUAACUCGCCCAGCGCGAAUCAAUGACAACCUCCCGCCGGCUGCGGCAGGCUCCCCUGAGCAGCGCUGCCGCGUGGACUCCCAGCCCGGGACCCUGGCGGCGCUCCGCUCCCGGCCCCCGCACCAGCGCGGCGUCCCCGGGACAGCCAGGGCUCUGGCUGAGAACAUGGCCAAUGGCAUUGACGAGCUCAUCGGCAUUCCCUUCCCCAACCACAGCAGCGAGGUCCUGUGCAGCCUGAACGAGCAGCGGCAUGACGGCCUGCUCUGUGACGUGCUCCUGGUGGUGCAGGAGCAGGAGUACCGCACCCACCGCUCCGUGCUGGCCGCCUGCAGCAAGUACUUCAAGAAGCUCUUCACAGCCGGCACCUUAGCCAGCCAGCCCUAUGUCUACGAGAUCGACUUCGUGCAGCCGGAGGCGCUGGCCGCCAUCUUGGAGUUCGCCUACACCUCCACGCUCACCAUCACGGCCUCCAACAUCAAGCACAUCCUCAACGCCGCCAGGAUGCUGGAGAUCCAGUGCGUCGUGAACGUGUGUCUGGAGAUCAUGGAGCCUGGGGGUGACGGCGGGGAGGAGGACGACAAGGAGGACGACGACGACGACGAGGACGACGACGAGGAGGAUGAGGAGGAGGAGGAGGAGGAAGAGGAGGAGGACGAGGACGAUGACACGGAGGAUUUUGCCGACCAAGAGAACUUACCUGACCCCCAGGAUAUCAACUGCCGCCAGAGUCCUUCCAAGACCGACCAUCUCACCGAGAAGGCCUACUCGGACACGCCAGGAGGCUUCCCCGACUCCUUCCAGGCCGGCAGCCCCGGCCACUUGGGUGUGAUCCGGGACUUUUCCAUUGAAUCUCUGCUGAGGGAAAACCUGUACCCCAAAGCCAACAUCCCCGACAGGAGGCCAUCCUUAUCGCCACUGGCCCCUGACUUCUUCCCGCACCUCUGGCCCGGGGACUUUGCUGCCUUUGCUCCGCUGCACGAGCAGCCCCUGGACAGUGGGCCGCUGGACCUGGUCAUCAAGAACCGGAAGAUCAAGGAGGAGGAGAAGGAGGAGCUGCCCCCACCCCCGCCGCCACCCUUCCCUAAGGACUUCUUCAAGGACAUGUUCCCUGAGCUGCCCGGGGGGCCUCUGGGCCCCAUCAAGGCGGAGAACGACUAUGGUGCCUAUCUCAACUUCCUGAGUGCCACGCACCUGGGGGGCCUCUUCCCGCCCUGGCCGCUGGUGGAGGAGCGCAAGCUGAAGCCCAAGGCCUCUCAGCAGUGCCCCAUCUGCCACAAGGUCAUCAUGGGGGCUGGGAAGCUGCCGCGGCACAUGAGGACCCACACCGGGGAGAAGCCAUACAUGUGCAACAUCUGUGAGGUCCGCUUCACCAGGCAAGACAAGCUGAAAAUCCACAUGCGGAAGCACACGGGGGAGCGGCCCUAUCUGUGCAUCCACUGCAACGCCAAGUUCGUGCACAACUACGACCUCAAGAACCACAUGCGCAUCCACACCGGCGUGCGGCCCUACCAGUGCGAGUUCUGCUACAAGAGCUUCACGCGCUCCGACCAUCUGCACCGCCACAUCAAGCGCCAGAGCUGCCGCAUGGCGCGGCCGAGGCGCGGCCGCAAGCCUGCCGCCUGGAGGGCCGCCAGCCUGCUCUUUGGGCCCGGCGGCCCGGCCCCCGAGAAGGCGGCCUUCGUGAUGCCGCCCGCGCUGGGUGAGGUGGGCGGUCAUCUGGGUGGGGCUGCCGUGUGCCUACCCGGCCCCAGCCCCGCCAAGCACUUCUUGGCCGCACCCAAGGGCGCCCUGAGUCUGCAGGAGCUGGAGCGGCAGUUCGAGGAGACGCAGAUGAAGCUCUUCGGGCGUGCCCAGCUGGAGGCCGAGAGGAACGCCGGGGGCCUCUUGGCCUUCGCGCUGGCCGAGAACGUGGCCACGGCGCGGCCCUACUUCCCACUGCCCGACCCCUGGGCAGCGGGCCUGGCCAGCCUCCCCGGGCUCGCGGGCCUCAACCACGUGGCCUCCAUGUCUGAGGCCAACAACUAGCUUGGUCCUUAGCGACCCUAGUCCAGCGGCCCUGACUCCCCCUUCCCACCAGGCCCUUCCUGGACACCCAGCGGGUCUGAAUUUUUUUUUAUGUCAAAUCACAAAGGGAAAAUGAAAAAAAGAAAAAGAAAAAAGAAACCCAGUGUAUUAGCAGCAACGGUUUUUCCCGGCCUCGGAGGAGGCUGGUGUCUGAGAGCUCUGCUCAGAGGGUCUGGGCCCAGGGCGCUGACCUGCCCCUCCCUGUCUCUGGCCAGGCCAAGGAGGAAGUCACAUACUCAGCACCCAGGAGCGCUUAGGAGCUGUGUGGGAAGAGGAGGGAGGGGGCUUGGCCGGGAGCAGGCCAGAGGCGCAGGGGUGAGGGAGGGGCUCCUGGCACACACCUGGGUGAAGUUUCGUGGGGGCCCUGCUGAUGCCCCUGGUCGGUUCCUUUUCUAGUCUCCAGCCCACCCCCUGCCGGGGGAUUCAGCCCCAUUUUCCUCCCUCUCCAGUUGUUUUGGACAAGUCAGACCCCUGCACCCCUGCUCUGAAAGGGGACCCCAGCUUCACCCUGCUCUGAAAGGGGCCCCAGCUUCACCCUGCUCUGAAAGGGGACUGGAAGUUGUGUUUCCCACCCUCUUGAGAGGGAAGGAGCACUGCUUUGCAAUGCCGCGGUGAAACUGGCUGUCCCGCCGGGUUUAUUUGUAGCUGUUCCACAUCUGCAUUAGCGCAGGUGAGAAAUGUGGCCACAGUGGACAGGGAUGACGGAGACGACUGGGGUGGGGUGUGUCCACACCCACAGGCAGCUUUGGGGAACUCCAAACCCUGCCCUCCCUCUGGGCCACUUACUGCGCAUGCCGGGCCUUGGCAUGCACCCAGGGGAACCCUACCGAGCGCCCUGGAGAAGACUGUUGAGCAUUGGCCCCAGGUCCAUACACCCCCUCUGACGCCGGAGAGUCCCAUGGAGCUCUGGGGCCAGCAUAGACGGGAUGGGACCACCUGUUAGCUGGAGACUGCCUCCCUCCACCCUGACCCCUGGAACAGACAGGCCUGGCUUGCCAGGGUGCAUCUCUUUGCUUUGUGAGUUGUGGGUUUCUCAGGGCUUUGACAGGUGAUGGGCCCCUUUGCUGAGUUUGCGCACUCUUAGCCCCUCUCUGCUCCUCUGGGGAGAAAGGUGGGUGUUCGGCGCCAGCUGCGUGUAAAGGGUUCUGUGAAUAGGAAUGCCCUGGUUCUUGAGCUUGUAGCAGGUCCGAGAAGGAAGAUGGCUCUGCUGGCCCAGCGCCUUCCUUGUCUUCUCUCCCCAUCCUGCCCUGUCCUCUCUUUUCUUGCUGAAUUUGCUUUUGUUCCUCAGUAGCCCCAAAGGAGACUUCUUCAGAACAGACUGCCCGGGGCCUGGUGUCCCCAAACCCAGAGCUGUGGGCACAAGAGACUUUGGUUCUUCCUCUUGCCUUGGCUUCUUCCCGAGUAAACACAAAGACAAAAACAAAAAGGCUAGAGAAGACCUCAAACUCUGUCACGCCCCAGCUCCCCAGAAGAGACCCCGGUGCCUCGCGCCUCCCACCAGACGCCGCUCCAGCCGAGGGAACUGCUUCUCAAGCCUCUUGUCUCCAGAAGUCACCUGCUUGGACAGCUGCCUCGAGAUCCUGUCUCCAUGUCAGACACUUGCUUCUGGGACCCAACCUGCCUGUGUCCCCGCCUGUGUCAGCCAAGGGGUCGGGGCUGCGCCAAAUGUCAAAGAGAACAAGGGGAAACGAACAACUUAUAAUCCAGUGGUGUGGGGCUUUUGUUUUUAUUUUGUAAAGGUAAUGACUUCUUAUAAACUCAAUUUUUCAGACAACUGGUUAGUUCUUUUUGUUUUCUCUUGGCUGCAAUUUGGAGUUGUACAUUGUAAAAUAUCCAAAGAUGUUGAGUACUGUAUGAUCAAGAAGAACUUGAAGCAAAUGGGGUGUGGGGUAGGGUGGUUGUGUUUCUUUUCAUUUUUUUUUUUCUUUUUUUGAUGUUUCGAUUUUCCCUAUCUGUCUGUGGGAGGACUUUGGAAUUUUUUCUAUUUAUAUCUCUUUUUUUAUGUGAUUGCUUUAUGUAAAAUGACACUCAACAAAGUUUGCCUUAGUGAUUCAAGGGACAAUCUUCCAUAACUUUGGUCGCACGCCGCAUCCUGCCGAGAAAAAACUCAGCUAAUUUUCUGGCCUAUUUAUUAAACAGUAUUAAUUG